CAUGAUCAGUGGAUUGCAGAGUGAGCACCACAUUGCACCGUAUGCUGUUUGCAGCCUGCCAGCCGAAAGAUAAUUGUAAGGAGAAGUACAGGAGACAGCACAGCUGCAGAAAGAUCUGUUUUAUGUAUUCAAAAUGGCUCUUCCAUCUCCUGAUCCAAAGUUUGACCUUAGAGGGAUCAAUGCAGAGGUGAACUGCUUGCAUUUCAGUUGUAUGGUUCAGAGACCAAGUCAGCCACUUCUCUUCUCGGGGUCCUCAAAUGGUCUUGUCCAUGUGUGGAAUUUAAGUACUCGGAGAGCAGAGACAGUGCUCAGUGGCCAUCAGGAGAAAUCAGUCUACUGGCUCCAUACACUGCAUCAUAACAGGGAAUUGCUGUUAAGUCAGGGCAGAGACCUUCAGAUAUGUACAUGGAAUUUAGCAGAAGGUAGAAAUGAAAAAAUUGACUCUAUUCCUGUGGAGAGUGUUGGAUUCUGUAAAUGUUCUUUACUGAAGACCGAAAGUUGCCUUUUAGCCAUGCCAGGAAGGGACAGUUCACAGGUCCAGGUUUUGGAUCUUAAUUCCAAAAAAAUAGUUUCCUCGAUGAAACACUGCACAGAUAACGAAUGGGGUAUGGCUAUGUGCAUGAAGUUGUGGCAGCCCAUCUCUGGUCCUAGCCCCCUUCUUCUUGUUGGCUAUGAGGAUGGCUCAGUGGCUUUGUGGAAUGUUUUGGAACACAGAUUGAUGAGCCGACUCACUUGCCACAUGGAGCCUGUGAUGAGCCUUGACUUUGACUGCCUUAAGGCCAGAGGGGCCUCAGGAUCCUCAGAGAGAGUGCUAAAUGUCUGGAGCCUUGAUGAACAGCAGAACCUGAAGGCUUACAAAACACAAGAGCUUGUCAACCCUGGAAUUUCAGAUGUAGUCCUCCGACAAGACAGAAAGAUCUUAGCUACUGCCGGCUGGGACCAUCGAAUUCGAGUAUUCGGGUGGAAGAGUAUGAAACCUUUAGCUGUGUUACAGUAUCACUCAGCUAUCGUGCACUGUGUGUCAUUUUCAGACCAUUUAACUCCUGAAGAUCGAUUGCUUGCAGCUGGCUCACAAGACAAACUCAUAAGUUUAUGGUCAAUAUAUCAGAACAACUAAGAUACCUGUAUAUUCUCAAAUAUAUCCUGUGUAUACAGAACAUUUCAGUAUACCUGUACUUGAAUCUAGUCCUGCUUCGCUUUAGACUUUAUGCUAAAUGAAAAUGGUCAAUCAUCUGAAGGAAACAUAAACAUGGUAUGUAAUAAUUGUGUUUCUUGCAAUUGUAACAACUGGUUAAAGCAGAUAACAAAAAAGUCAUGCAUCCAUGUGCAUAAAUAUGUACAUUUGUGCUUAAAAGAAAUGCUUUGACCUUAAAGAAAUUUUAUAAAAUAUAUUUUUGUCAGUUACUGAAACAUGUACUUAUAUAUUUGCCAUUAUAGCCACAGCCCUUACAUAUGAAGAUAUUUUCAGGUUUAGUUUUUCUAAAGCAUGAUAGUUUAUUAAACCAGGAAUUUCCAAGAUUAUUAUUGAAAAGAAUCUGGCUGCAAAUGUCAAGCCAUGUAAUUUGAGUCUUUGGUUGGAAGAAAGUAAAAUGUGUGAGUCUCAUGCACUUAAACUGAGCGCUAUAGGUGGAGCCCCACUAGAUGCUCUUUAGGGGCCUCUUGAAAGUGAAUUUUGGAAACUGGUCUGGAAAUGAGGGUGGGGUACAUUGUAAAGUCUUGGACUGACUGACUGAAUAUGAAAUCUGUUCCAAAAUCCUAGAGAUAAGGGAUCAUUCUGUAAAUCGGAGCACCAUACCCUAAGGCUUUUAAGAAACAUUUACACAUUUAAAGCCCAGCAGAAUUGUUUGGAUUUGUUCUAGCUUAGUAUACACCAAUUGCAAUGUACUUUCUUACAUACAGAAAGCAAAAUGGUCAAAGAGAAGAAUUAUUUGUUUAAAUAGGACAUAAUGGGAAAUUGUAGUGUCAGAUUCUGACCUUUUCUAAUCAUGGGUUUCCAGUUUUACAGAGGACAUAAUUUAUUAUUGGUGUUUACAGUAAAUUGAUCCCAUGCCUGUAACAAUACGGUUUAGAUUUUACAUAAGAUAUACAGGUAUGGGAUCUAUUAUGUACAGUAUAUUUUCUGCAAUAUUGACUUCCAUAAUUUAAAAAAAUGUAAGUAUUAAAAAGCUCAGCAGAAUUCAUUUGAUGUCAAUAUGGAUUUAUACUCCUUAUUGCAUUUCCAUCCUCAUCUUUUUCAAUGCUUUUCAUACCAUUUCCACAGUUGUCCCAUGCAUGUGCUUUAUCAUCCUACACUUCUACCACACCUACAUUUUUCUAAUUUGCCCUAUAAAAGCAAACCUAUCAUCCUGAUCCCUCUCCAAACCCAGUUCACUUUAUUUCCACCACCAAUGCCUUUCUGCCAUGUUUUCUUCUCAUGUAUCUCCUCGCUACUCCUCUCUGCGCUACAGCAGCCCCCUCUUCACUAUGUCAGUAUCCCUACACAUCUUUUGUCUCCCUGUUGUCUUUCCACCACACUCUUUUUUUGCCGUUUUGUUAAACUUCUGGCUAUGUAGCACCCGUUUAUCAACCAAGUUUUCCAACCUUUUACCCCUUUUCUCUUAGUACCCUCCUCUCCCAUGGAAAAUAUAUCUGCAGUCGAGGAGACAGAUUUAUCAAAAAUGUAAUUUUCGAAUUUUCAUGUUUUUUUAUUAUUCAAUACAAAAAUUUCAAAUACUGUAUGUGCUUAUUUAUUAAAAACUGAAUUUCAAAAACUCGAUAGCAUAAAAAUGUGAAAAAACAACUCGAACACAGUUUAAUCCCGUUCUACCCAGAAUUUUCAAUUUGUGUAACACGAAUUGAAAAAAAGUUUGUAUUUUGCUAAUACAACUCACAUUGACUUCUAAAUGAACUCACACUCACAGCUUUUAGAUGCUUAAUUAUUCAAGUUUUUUGUGAGUUUUAAUUUUAAUCCACAUAUCUGGGCUAACAAACCUUUACUGGGUGUAAUGCGAUACUGGUAAACAUGGUCACAAAAUGUCAUUAGAAAUGUUAUGUGUGAGGAGCUUACGUUUUUAAAAACAUUCAUAAAUGUCAGUAGAAAAAAGAUAAAAUGAAGAGUUACUGUACAUGUAUAUAACAUAGACACCAAAGCAAUAUAAUUUACUAAGUCGAAGACUAGUAAUAAUAUUUUUCGAUUGGCAUAGUGUUUAACUGCUAUAAUUUCAUCAACAGAAUGGACUAGUGAGUGAUAUGCUAGUGUUGUUCAAUUUUAGGCUCAUUUCUACAACAUAUAAUAAAGUUGGUGCUCAACUCACAACUGAAUCUUAGUCCUGCAAGUUUAGACCACCAAAAAAUACAAAAAUAUAGAAAGAGGUGGUAAUUAACUACUACAUCCAAACACAUCAGCCAUCCUGAGUUAAGACCAGUUUAGGACAAAUUCCUUAUCUAAUAUCUUCCCAUGAGAUAAAGUAUUGGGGAUUUGUCUUGAACUGGUCUGCUUGUUAACCCUUGGGGGGGCUCAUAUGUUUGGACCGUAGUGGUCAAUUAAUGACAUUCUGGGGUAAAGUGUUUUUCCACAUUUUACACAGUUUUCUUGUGGUCCCACCAAUAUAUAAUACAAUUCCCAGAUGGUGCAGGAGAAAACUUUUCAAGAGCAUUCUCAUACUUAAUAGACUGACCACACAGCUGUUUUCUAUCUGGGCAUAAGCCUAAAGUGUUUAUUGAAGCAGAGGUCACCAGUCAAUGUACAAAAUUAGGGCAGAGGUUCUCAAACUUUUGGCAUAGCCUCUGUUGAUCACUGUAGGUCAGGGAUCUCCAAUUUUUUUUUUUACCAUUGAGCCAAAUUCAAAUGUAAAAAGAGUUGGGGAGCAACACAAGCUCCUGAAAGCUCAUGGGGAGUGCCAGGGCUGGAUUUACAUAGCAAACGCCCCUAGACCUCCUGUCGUUUGCCACCCCCUCCCUUUUAUUCACUCAAAUUUUCAUUAUCGAGACGAGAGCAAUGGGGAUUGGCGCACAAGAGAUAAAAAAGCCUAUUGUAUCGCCUGUGCAUCCCCAGUGUUUCUGAACCAAUGUGGGUGUGGUUGGGCAGCAUGCCGCCCCCCUAAAAUCCUGCCUCCCUAGGCCCGGGCCUUGGUGGCCUCUCCACAAAUCCGGGCCUGGGGAGUGCCAAAUAAGGGCAUUGGUUGGCUAUUUAGUAGCACCAUGUGGACUCUAUUUGGUAGUGCACCUGGUUUUUGUUCCUACAAGACAGGAAUUCAAAAAUAAGCACCUGAUGCUGGGAGCAGCAUCAAAUGGGUUGGUAAGCAACAUGUUGAUCUGGUUGGGGAUCACUGCUGUAGGUAACUGUUCAUUAUGGUUACUGAUGUCUGUCUUUAAAUAUAUGUGUUUUAAACAUAUUCUCCUUGGAUAACACUAUAUUGUUCUCAAAACAUUUCUGUCCUAUUAAAAAAUCAUUAAUUAAACUGAAUAGGCUUACAAACACACAAACUAAAUUUUAUUUUACUUGUGUGCCUGCCCUUUUUACAUUCACCUGCUUUUGUUAAACGAUAUACACUCUAAAGUGCCUUCAUUGAUAUGGCUGAACCUCCCUAUAGAGGACAAUAUUCUGGGAAAACCUGAUCUGGAGGAUUAAGACGCAGAUUACACAAUGGCCUCACAAGCUUCUCUAAGCUUAAGAAACUGAGACUACACUAGAUCCUACAGUCGUCAUGUUAAUAAACAAAUGUUUUAUAGUUUUUAGAGUUCAAAACUGAUAUAUAACCAAUUGCUAGCAGGUGACUUUUAUGACUCCACUUUGCUGUAAUUAUGUAGCAAAGAUUUAAGAGGUGGGGAUGCUUAUGCUGGCAUAGAGUAGGGGUCAACUAGGGACCGUGAAAUGAGAUCUAGUUUCAAAUAAGAUUUCUAUGGCAAUUUUAAUGGCUGCAUUUAAAUCCCACAUUUUUAAUAGUUCAUACUUUUUAUUUACAAUUUUUAUAUAUUCUGGCAAAUGUGCAUAUUAAUUCUGGUUUGGUUAUAUGGAAAAAUUAUUUAAUAACAGUAUAUUAUCAUUUAUUGUUUAAGUUAAUGAGCUAUGCAAAAUGUAAUGUAUUGGAUAAAAUUAUAAGUAAUAUUUUGAGUUGUUACUUAAUAGUAUUAUUUGUGCUUGGUGCUGGCGAUGUCUUUGCAGGAUAAUCAGACUUUAAUAUAAGGCAAGUAAUUUAUGGAUAAUGGAUGCCCUUUAUGGAUUAUGGGCAGCGGCAUCUGGGCUAUUCCAGUUAUUUUUCCUGCAUCAUUUUUUUUUUUGCAGCUCAAACAUGUGGAACUCUUGGAAUCACCCUGUGUACGACACUGUCCUUGUGAGGCUAUGAAAAGCAUCAUAGUUUUUAACUACUUUUCUGUAACUGGGUAUUAAAAUGAUGUGACAUGUAGUGGUCAUGAACUAGAGUCUCCACAUGCCUAUUAAUACAUUUAGGAAUUUUCAGACACCAGACGUUCACUUGUUGGUGAACACUUAUACAUAAAACUAUAAAUUUUGUUUGUCUAUUGUGCAAGUACCUAGCAGCAAACACAUUUUAGUAUUUUCAAUACCAAGCACAGAAGGAGAAGAUCAAGAUAUUAAUCCCUGUAAUAGUCCUGUUCAGCUGUUCUUACACAAAUGGAGGGCAAAACCUCUUGGCGGAUUCCAAAGGUUGUCUGGCACAGAAAGUCUGCAGCUAUAUUUCAAAACUAAUAACGCAUCUACAGCUUAAUAUUAAUGAGUGGAAUAUGCAGUGUUAUUUUUAAAAUGACCUUGAGUCAUUUUGACUCCAUCUCCUGCAGCAAUUGUGAUUACCGCACCUUGAUCACUAAUAUCCAUUUGCUGUAAACACAAGAGUAUUUUUUUUAUUAUUAGGGAAUCCCCCUUUUUUAUUUUUUAGCCAUUGCCUUUAGUUGGCUUUCCAAUGACCCACCUGCACUACAGACCUGUAGAACUUCAACUGCAGAUCACAGGCCAACCAAAUGUAUAUCUAUAGAAGCAAUCAAUAAGUUGCUGGGUGGUUGGAAACCUCACUACUAUGCCAUAGACCAUUUAAUUGAACCAGUCACCUCAAACCUAUGAAUGUAACCAUCAUUAAUCUAAUAUUUUGUAGAAAGGUUCUCUGUCUCUCUCCUUUUGCAUCCCCAGUAUUGAGAUCUGGCUUGUUUGCCUUUGAUAAUGUUCAUGAUUUUCAAAUUUUUUUAAAUUCAGUUGUUGUUUCUUUCAUACAUUAAAAUACCAUCUGGCUGAAAAUAAUGGCCGAUAUAUAUAAAGUCACUUUUAUACAAGUAAAUGACUGGAACAGAGACACAAGAGAUGAAACAAUACAUUUCCUCUCUAGUUUUUCCUUUGCACUCCCUCCUAUAAAAUGUGUACAUAACAGUUGAGACUCCAACAAUGCCCUGUAUGGAACAGAAAAUCAGUUUAAUGAACUGCUCAACUUUUCCAAAAGAUAUAAAGAAUAGCCUCAACUUUUCAGAUGUUAGGUCUACAAAUGGCAAAGAGUUGGUAUUGAUCUGCAUGUUGAGAGAGCAUCUCUUAUCUGCGAUUUAUGUGCUUCCUUUCUCAUUCAUGUUUUGCCAACAUCAACUGCUGGUGGGGUUUCUCAUGGUGGUUCGUCUGAACAUUCAGAAUACCUUGCAUAUGAUAUCUGUGAAGAAAACUUGCUGUGUUCUGUGAAAGGAGUUCUAUAAAUCUGAAAAUUAAACCAUCAAAUAGACAUUAAGGGAGAGGCAGAGCAGACAAGAGUCUUUGUUUCUUUAUAUCACACAGCGGUAUAAAUAUCCCAAGUGAGUCAUUGUUAUGAGGGAGAUGUUUUUGCCAACGAGCCCAUGGAAAGAGUCAUGAGGAUAUUUAGUGGGGUCAGACAGCACAUAUCAUUCCUGUAGACCUACUGCAUAUGAUAUCCCUGUUCCAGCAAAAAGUGCAUUUUGUUUUUUCAACGUUUUUUUCUUCCAAGACCAAUAACAAGGUAACAUAGGUCAUUGGAAUCCAUGUGUAAAAUGUAAUUUGCGUGUAAAACUCCAGUUUUUUGGGCAAGCUGCCAAUUAAGCGGCAUGCAGUUUCCAGACCAGAUGGCAACAUCAAUAUGCCUUUGUGAACUGCAGGUUUGCUGAGCCAAGCUACUGCGAAAGGGAGUCAAUCUGUUCCCAAAACAUUGGCCUGGCCUUGCUGUGUUUAUAAAUGUUAUCACUCUUUAAUUAAAUAGACUUGCUGGAUCAGUUUUAUUUGGGUUUGCACUGAAUGCAUCUUUUGAACGCCCUCAUAUCCACUGCUUGGGUUUUACUGGUAGAGCAUUAAGAACUGCCAUAUCAUUCCUUGCCUUGCUGAUUUUGCAGUCACAUUAUGAAACGUUUGUGUGCAGAAAAGGGAGAAAAUAUAUAAUUAUAAGGUUAACACUGACCAUUUGUUUAUGCCAGAUCAUUUAUAGCAUUUCUAUUUUACCCUUUUACUCUUUCCUUCUCUUCUUCUGCCUUUUCUUUUUUAUGUGCAGGGUGUCCAGUCUGUAACAGACAGCUGAAUAUGAAUAUAAGCAUAAAGCUCAUUGUGGGUGUCAUUUUUUCUAUAAUCUUUAAUAUAGUGCAUGUGUGACUGAAAUAGGGACCUUAGA